ACUGCUGCAGCCCAGACGAACCAACCCACGGGGAGAAGAUGCCUAGGGGUCCCGGAGCCCUCCAAGCUUCACUUGCCACCGUCCUCCUCCUCUUGAUCUCAGCCGCUGGCCUGGGUACUGGCCUGGCCCAGUUCAAGGACUGAACUCACUGGACCCCCAGGCUGACACAAGCUACAGAGAAUGAGGGGCAGCCUCAGAGACACAGACAAGGCAGACCUGAAGACUGGCAGGAGGAAGCCCGGGGGCCUGAGGCCAGAAGACUCACACCCUGUCGGUGGAGUGGAGCCCACCCUCAAUGACGGUGAGCAUAGGAGCCAACGUUAGCUUCUCGUGCCGGUACAAUAGCAGCAUCCUUGGUGAAACAAAUGUCACAUGGUGGCGCAACUCCGAAAACAACAAGUGGUCAGCUCGGUUCUUUGGCGAAGGCCAGGGCCCCAGCAAUGAACUGAAAAUCUCAUUGGUGAACAAGAGCCAUGUGGGCAUGUACAGGUGCCGAGUGAGAGUUGGCAAAGAGGUCCGGCACUCCUGUGGCACCUACCUCCGAGUGCUCGAGUCAAUCCCCAAACCCUUCCUGGAAUUGGGGGAGGGCACCAAGAACAACAUCAUCACAGCCGAGGGGAUCAUCCUGCUGUUCUGUGCGGUGGUGCCCGGGACGCUGCUGCUGUUCAGGAAACGUUGGCAGAAUGUGAAGUUCGGGGUGGACGCCCGGGAUGACUAUGAAGAUGAAAAUCUUUAUGAGGGCCUGAACCUCGAUGAUUGCUCUAUGUAUGAGGACAUCUCCCGGGGCCUCCAGGGCACAUACCAGGACGUGGGCAGCCUCCACAUCGGAGAUGUACAGCUGGAGAAGCCAUGAUGGUGACCAGCAGGGCUGCCCCUGCCUGCCGUACU